AUGAAUGCUGAACUUUCCAAGCCCUUUGUUGCAAAUGAAGUCAAGAUAGCUUUGGAUCAAAUGCAACCAACAAAGGCACCGGGACCUGAUGGAAUGUCUGCUCUAUUUUUUCAGACUUAUUGGCAUAUAGUAGGAGAUUCAGUCACAACGGCGGUUUUGGAUUCUCUCAAUUCAGGUACCAUACCAUCUCAAUUAAAUCGCACACUCAUUUGUUUAAUUCCGAAGAAGAAAAUCUGUGAAUUGGUCUCUGAUUAUCGCCCCAUUAGCUUGUGUAAUGUUGUCUACAAGCUUGCUUCUAAGGUCAUUGUUAAUAGAUUGAAAGGUUUUUUACCUGCCAUUAUUUCUGAGUCUCAGUGUGCUUUUGUGGGGGGAAGGCUGAUUAGUGAUAAUGUGUUGAUAGCUUAUGAGUUGGUAAAUUACCUUCGGAAUAAACGCCAUGGCAAGAAGGGGUAUAUGUCUAUUAAAUUAGAUAUGAGCAAGGCGUACGAUAGAGUUGAAUGGGGUUUUUUAGAGAAAAUCAUGCUCAAGCUAGGCCUUGAUCCCAGAUUUGUUAACCUUAUUAUGGAGUGUAUUAAAACUGUAACUUUUUCAGUUUUAAUAAAUGGACAUGCUCAUGGAAAUAUUUCACCUACAAGGGGUAUUAGGCAAGGGGAUCCACUAUCUCCUUACCUUUUUCUCUUUUGUACAGAAGGGUUAAUAGCUUUAUUGAAAGCUGCUGAGGCUCAAAGGAAUCUAAAGGGUGUAAAAAUCUGUAGAGGGGCUCCAAUGGUAACUCACCUUCUUUUUGCUGAUGAUAGCAUUCUUUUCUGUCGGGCUGAUGUUGAAACAACUGCUUUUAUUCAAGGAUUGUUAACUAAAUAUGAGAUGGCCUCUGGGCAGAAGGUGAAUAAAGAGAAAACUUCUAUGGUCUUUUCAAAGAAUGUAGAUGCUAAUAAGCAGCGUGAGUUAUUGCAGUUAUGGGCAUCUUUAGGAAAUAACCCUUCUUAUGCAUGGAAAGGAAUUUUUGAAGCAAGGAAAUGGUUGAUGAAGGGAUGCAGGUGGCGGGUGGGAAAUGGUGAAAUGGUGAAAAUUUGGAAGGAUGCUUGGUUACCUGGACCCCGAACUUUACAGCCAGAAUUGGACAUAAAUACUAAUUCAGAAUUUGAUGAAGCAGCAACAGUGGAUAGUUUAAUUGAUAUGGCAACCAGAACAUGGAAGGAACAGCAUAUUAGAGCUCUCUUUAAUCCAAGAACAGCGGAGGAGAUACUAAAAAUUCGACUAUCAUCAACUCCUUGUAUUGAUAGGUGGAUAUGGGAUAGGGAAGCAAAUGGCAGAUUCACCGUAAAAAGUGCAUACAAAUUGAUCCAUAAUACCAUGACUUGCAGUAAUGGGGAAACUUCUAUGCAGGUACAAGAUAGUCAUCUUUGGAAGAAAAUUUGGCAUAUGAAAGUUCCAAGGAAGAUCAAAAUGUUUGCUUGGAGAGGUUGUAAGGAUAUUUUGCCCACUCUUGUGAAUCUACGGAGGAAAAAGGUGGUGGAGGAAUCUUUAUGUUGCUUUUGUUUGGAUAAUGAGGAAGAUCUUAAUCAUGCUUUGCUAAUCUGUCCUACUAAUCAAAUUGUUUGGCAGAAGUAUUUUCCUUUAUUCAAGCAACUACAACAGCUAACUAAGUGGCAAGCUCCACCAGAGGGGUUUCUCAAAGUUAAUGUUGAUGGAGCUAUCUUUGCGGAUCAAAGGAAAGCUGGCAUUGGUGUUGUAUUACGGGAUACCAAUGGAGCAAUACUAAUGGCUGCAAGCAAAAUUGAGAUGGAGGUGGACAGGGCAGCAACUAUUGAAACUAUUGCUAUUUUGAGAGGAAUACAACUCUGUCUUCCACUUGGUAUUCCAAAACUAAUUAUAGAAACUGAUUGUCUUCAUGUAGUUCAAGAAUUGCAGUCCUCUGAAGCGUCAUAUGCUAGUGCUGGGAACUUGUUUGCUGAUAUCAAUCAUCUUAUGAUGCGUUUUCAGGAAGCACAAGUAAUACAUGUUAAUAGAAUGGGUAAUGGGGUAGCACAUUCUCUAGCUAGACAUGCAUGGAAUAUUGAGGAUAUUAAUGUUUGGUGGGAUCAGAUUCCUUCUUUUGUUCACCAUUCUUUAUGGUUUGAUAACAUUUGA